UGGUGCGCUGUGUCCCUUGGACACAGCGGAUUACCAAUCAGAAGAUGUCGGCUCGGUCAUGUGAUCAGCUGUGUCCAAUCACAGCUGAUCACAUCUGUCACGCUGACAGCUCGAGAGGAGAGCCAGUAAUCGGAGGGGACAUGUACACUGAUCAUCAGGGCACUGAUGAUCAGUGUGCCCUGAUGAUCAGUGUAGCCCAAGCAGUGCCACCUGUCAGUGCUCAUCAGUGCCUCAUACCAGUGCCCAUCAGUGCCACAUAUCAGUGCCUACCAGUGCACAUCAAUGCCACAUAUCAGUGCCCAUCUGAGCUGCCUUUCAGUGUCACCCAUCAGUGCCAGUCAGUGCCACCUAUCAGUGCUGCCAAUCAGUGCCACCUAUCAGUGCCAGUCAGUGCUGCCUAACAGUGUCAAUCAGUG